UUGUGAUAAAAAUGAAUGCCAGUGUUUAGGCCUAGUUCUAUAAAAACAGAAGCAGAACAUGACACUGGGGGUGCUGAAAAUCUGAACAAAGUGUGCCGUCUAAAGCGAGCAAUGUUUGUGGAUCUGUGGAACGUGUAUCACAGAGCAACACAGGCUAAAUGUCGGUCCAUAUUUACCCAGUAAAUAUAAAGCGAAAGUGCAACUUGUCAUUAACUUUAAACGGAACACAUUUGACGCAGAAACUUGGUGCGUAAAACCUGAAAAUUGCAAUUUGAAUUGCCUACUUCGUUGCGCGGUCUAACACUGAAUUAUGGUACCUGCUAUGUUCAUCUGUACUUAAUUCCCCCGCUGAACAGUUGGAGCUAAACUGGGCCGAUGCUUUACCGACAUUUUACAAAAAAAACCCUCUUCAUAUAGCAAGACUAGGAUGAAUUUCCCCUCUGAGUAGUGCGCGCGCUCCCCGAGGUGCAGGUCCUUGGCCGGACUCCAGCAUCCCAACAGCCAGACAUACAGUAGCUCUCCGCAAUAGCCUACUCGACUCCCUCACCUGUGCCGCGGAACAGGCAUUCGUCAUUCGCGCGUAAAUUCGGUGGCUGCUCAUAUUUGCUGGGAAACAUUCGACGGGCAAUACAUUCAUAUUCCGGGGCGCAUUGCCACCCUCGUUAUGUUGAAUAAAGUAGGAGGACUGUCGAAUAUCGCAUAGCACACCAACACUUUGGACUUCACAGAGGGAGGAUGUUCAAAGGGGGUCAGACUGCGCGCUUGUAGCCUACCCAGUCCGUGGCAGGAUUACAUUCAGCUCAUUCUUCAAGAGAGAUGAACACUAGCCCAUGCUGUGAACUACCCUGAUUCUCUUGGACUACUCAUGUUAAAGGAUUCUAUGGGGUGCAACAAUUUAGAAGUAUUUCUGGUGCAUUUUCAGCGUGAGUGAACUCAAGGCAAGACACCUGGACUGUGACGUACACGUUUACAUCUUACAACGUUUAAUUGGCUAUCAAAAUGAGUACGAUGGUUUUCAAUAAAUUUGAUAACCACAUUAUGUUUGAAAAGAAUGCUAAAGAAGUGGAGAUGAAGAGCCUUAACUAUUUGGAAGUUAUCGAAGGACAGCAUACAGAUCUGUUAUCAAACCACAACGUUAUAGAUGAUGAUGACCCAUCUGUCAAACACAGGAGAAAUGGGUCACGCUCUGGGGUAGGGAAGGUGCGGCACAAACGGCAAGCUCUCCAAAACAUGGCCCGUCCCCUCAAGCAGUGGCUCUACAAGCACAGGGACAACCCCUACCCCACCAAAACAGAGAAGAUCCUUCUGGCCCUGGGCUCUCACAUGACUCUUGUACAGGUGUCUAACUGGUUCGCUAAUGCGCGACGAAGGCUGAAGAACACUGUGAGACAGCCUGACCUCAGCUGGGCCCUACGCAUCAAGCUAUACAACAAAUAUGUUCAGGGCAAUGCUGAGAGACUCAGCAUCAGCAGCAAUGACACAAACUCUGACGAUGGCGAGAAUGCUUCCCGAAUGCCGUCUGGCGAUGGCGAAUUCAGUAGGCCAUCAUACCAGAGCGUCAUCCAGCAGGACAGACGGGCAAAGGGGGUUGGGCUGAGGAGGACUGAUCCCUCCCUUUGUGACGACUAUGUGUCCCCACCAAAGUACAAGAGCAGCCUGCUGAACCGCUACCUGAACGACUCCCUACGCCACGUCAUGGCCUCGGACAAAGUCAUGGACAGCCGACGCAGGAACCACUCAGGAUCCUUUAGCUCCAACGAGUACGACGAUGACCUUCUCUCGCCCUCGUCGUCUGAAGUCGAGGCCAACGGCGCCUACAGAGCUGAGCCACUGGACUGUAGCUCAAGUACAUGUGACAGUAAUAAGCGAAAGGAGGUUGGACGAGGAAAAGAUGAGACAUACUGGAAGGAACUCCACGCGGCCAUGGCAUUGACAAACAUGGCCGCCCAGGGCAAGGAAGCAGGGACAGCCGCCACAGGGACAACCAGCUGUAUCAUCCAGAAGUCUUCUCAUAUAGCUGAAAUAAAGACCGUCAAAGUGCCAUUGGUGCCUCAGCACUAG